UUUUGAUUUGAAAAUGGUGUUUUCACAGAGGGAUUGUGAAAGUCUGACUUUUUGGUUGACCUGACCUUUUCACGUCACACAAGUGUUUAUCCCAUUGCAUGGGAAUGUUUUUUUUUUUUAUUUUUAUGUCAUUUUCUUUUCUAAGAAUUGUAUGUUAUCUAGUAUAUUGUACACAGAUUUAACCAUAUUCCUAACCAAUAUUUCUUCUGUUGUUGCCUUAGAAUGGUAAAGAUACAGUUCUGGAGACUCCACACCAAAGAAAGUUGAAAGGCGGUUGUAGAGUAGAUUCAAGCCAAAGACACCCAGGCAACAAGCAGUAGUGGAAUUGGGAAAAUAAAGAGAGAGCAAAAGCAUGAAGAUACAAAGAGGAGAAGAGAGCACCAAGGCUUCCAUUUGUCUACCAAAAGGGAGAAAAGUGUUUAUUGGGCAAAGACAAGCAGGAAACCUCAAGUUCUUCUGCCAAGACAAUAAAGAUCAAGCUGAAGGUCAAAGGUCAAGCAUGUUAAAGGUAACAAGCCAAACUUUUUAUGUACGGGAUGCAGAGGACGCUCUUCACAACCUGGACCGCAAAUGGGUCUGUGGGCGUCAGAUCGAGAUCCAGUUUGCCCAAGGAGACAGAAAGACUCCUAACCAGAUGAAAACCAAGGAGCGCCACUCCCCCCGAAGUUUCUCCCGCUACGAUGACGACCGGGAUCGGGAUAGGGAUAGCCGCCGAAGACGGUCCCGGAGCCGCAGCUACGAUCGACACAGGUCCCGAAGCCCCUCCUAUGAGCGCCGUCCUCGGAGGUCGGAGAGCCCCAGAGACUCUCGGUCCUACAGUCGACAUAGACGGAGCAGAAGCCACGAAAAUGAAAAGUACAGAGGUCCUCCCCGUGAGCACCAGAGGACACACCAUGAACCAGGCUCACGUAGCCGCUCCGCGUCUCACUCCCCUUCAGCCUCCAGAGCCAGGCCCAAAGGUAAAAAGAGCCAAUCCAGGUCCCACAGUCCGGCUGAAGACUUCCACCCAACCUCCAGCUCCCAGAAACAGUCUGUGGGACGAUCUCCAUCCCGCUCCUACUCUAGAUCCAUGUCCCGGUCACGCUCUCGCUCCAGGUCCUGGGCUGGACGCAAGUCUGGAGGCCACUGACCUCGGAGGCCCUGAUAAUCUGUCGGAGGAUGUUUUUGUUUAGCUUUCAACUAUGAUAACUGGAGUGUUAUGCUCGUUUGCAUUUGUUUAUCAUUACGUAAUGGAGGAGUCUGUUGCCAAAGGAAAGAGAGCGGCAGGAGCUCAUUUUUUUAGCAUUGUGAAAAGUUUUUUUUUUUUUUUUCUGAAGUGAUUGAUGAAAGCACAGCAGAUUCUGGCUGAGUUUGGGCAAAAUUUUUUGUACUUGUAAUGUCGGUAGCUGAAGGUGGAAAAUGAUACGGUUUGGCGUUGCCAAUAUUUUUGUACUUUGCGUUAGCAAUAUUCACAUCCGUUCAUAAAGUUGUUGAAAUGCCUGUCUCUAUUUGGUUCCAUUGUUUGUGUAUUAUGUAAACAUGAAUAAAAAGUAUAACUUCAGGUCCUGACGUACCAGUGUUAAUCAAGUAUGUUAGUGUCGAUGCCUGGUUUGUGGCAUUUGUAAUUAUACAGCAGGCAAACUGUCUAUUAUAGUAGCUGUUAAUUACUGUGGUAAUGAAUGACAUGAAAUGCAAUGAGUUGCCACCGAAUACUCUGUCCAGAAUUUCAUGUGACAAUAUGAGAUGAGCUGCAUUCAUAUUAAUGUCCUUUGUUCAGUGACUGAAACGAUCAGUUGAAUAUUUUAAGUGUUCCUUCACUGUUACCCUAGUUUUAAUGGUUUUACUUCUUUAUCAAUAAAUGAAUAAAUUCUC